AUGGCCACCGUCUCGAACCCCCCGUCGCCCCUGACCUCCCAGGAGGGCAACGAGGCGUACCACAUCACCACUGACUCCAGCCGCCUACACGCCCUGGAGCAGCUGGAGAUCCUCCCUCAAAUCCUGCAAGAAGGCAUCCUGUUCGCGGGAUCGGGAGCAGCUCUCUUACUCCAGGCGGCCAUGCCAGCGAUGCGUCAGGAUAAUCCUGGCCCGGACGCCCUGGCGACGGAGCUGCUGGAGGCUCUCCAGGCGCACAUCAGCUACAUCUCUUGCCUGGUGUUUGGCAGCCGGACCGAACGCAAGACGCUCUUGGACAUGCUGCACCGCGGCGAGGCACCGCUCAUGGGCGGCGGCCGCUCGAACCGGUUCGCCGACCAGCCGGAGCUUCAGACGUGGAUGGCAGCCACACUCUACGCCACCUCGACCGACUUCUACCAGCGCGUGUACGGACGCGUCGACUACCGCACAGCUCAGCGCGGCUACGACGAGUUCACCCUGCUGAUGAACUGCCUGGGCAUUCCCUCGGGCGCCUGGCCGGCAACGCGGCAGGCCUUCUGGUCGUACUGGGAUGACCAGGUUACCCGACUAACCGUCUCGCCCGACGCCGCCCGUUUCGCGCGCGACAUCCGCGAGAGCAAGGACAUGCCGCCGUGGGUGCAGCGCAUGAAACCGUUUCUGCGCGCCGUGACGAUCGAGAUGCUGCCGCCGCAGCUGCGUGACGGCUACGGCCUGCACUCGACUGCCACCACACGUUUUCUGUACCGCUCGUGGAUGGGCUUCUCCGUGGCGGUCUACCCGGCCAUGCCCGCCAAGAUGCGCUCGUACCCGCUGCGUUUCUAUCAGGACCGUCUCCGCGAGAAACUGAAUGUUGUAUGA